UUGCAUGACGUGAAUGUCAUAACGGAUCCAAGCUUCAUUCGUUUUCCUCGUUCUUCAAGUUGCCACUGUGAGAUUGAGAUCUUGGUUAGAAAUGGAAGGGGUUUCCAAAUAUUGUUUGAUUUCUUUGUGCAUCGUCGUCUUUGUCGUCGUAACUACCGUGCCCAACUUGACUACGGCCCAGGACGUGCCAGAGUUCAUUCCUUAUUCCGGUCUAGGGCCCUUAAAAUGCCUAUCAGCUCGUAAUAUCGCUUUGACAAAAAAACAGAAAAUACAGAUCAAGCAAGCAAAACUAUCGGGCGUGAUUGAAGACCUGAGCAGCAAUACAACAGCAUUGUACAUGCGUACUGAGCCUAUUGUCACAGGCUUUACCGACGAUCAAAAGAAAGCCAUCGCCUGCAAAUAUGGCGAGAUGUUCCAAGCAAUCGAUUACGAGGCCGAAAUACAACAUUCAAGACGAAAAAGGCAAGUCCAAGGCACCAAGAUCUGUCCAGCACAUGAUAUUCAAAGUCUCCUUGUGUUUGCCAUGAAUACCGACAACAACGUGGUUCAAAUAGUUCAGAUCCAUCCAGACUGCCAGCAGAUCGUGAUACAGCAGCCUUGCAAAGGGAAUGCCUCCCCUCACGUCCGAACUACGACCGGUGGUUCUCCGAUACACUGCAUGUCCGAAAAUAGAGCAAUUCCCAUUGUCGCAGUCCAGUUCACCAAUCGCGGAGUGACUGGAUUCGGCAUCGAAUUCAUUGUAGUAGAAUCCUGCACCGCUAUUUUCGAUUUGUAGGCCCGGUAUUAAUAUCUUGAAAUAGGGAACCACUCCUUCACUCCGCCGGAGCACCUCGAUGGUGUUUCGACAUUAUUUUGUUCCGGCGACAAUUGCUCCGGGCUUUUUUUUUUUCAAGAAUGUAUGGUUAUAAGUUUAGGGGUGAAUUUUGGUUUUAAAGGCAGAGUUCGU